ACCCACUACCCUCUUCUCCAUCCUCGCAUGAACGGAAAUAGGAAAUAUCUAAUUCCUUGCUCGUUAGGGUUAGGGUUUUUUACUUUCUCUGAGGUUUGGAGAAGAAGAAGGGAAGGGAAGGAGGGAAGACGAAGAUGUCAUCAUCGUCUCAGAACAACGGCGGAGGGAAGCUGAUGCCGAAUCUGGAUCAGGAGAGCACCAAGGUCCUGAAUCUAACGGUGCUCCAGCGCAUUGAUCCCUUCGUCGAAGAGAUCCUCAUCACCGCGGCUCACGUCACCUUCUACGAAUUCAAUAUCGACCUCAAUCAAUGGAGUCGCAAGGAUGUCGAGGGAUCACUCUUCGUUGUCAAAAGGAACACUCAGCCACGAUUCCAGUUCAUUGUCAUGAACCGACGUAACACAGACAAUCUGGUCGAGAAUCUCUUGGGAGAUUUUGAAUAUGAAGUCCAAGUUCCAUAUUUAUUGUACCGGAAUGCAGCUCAAGAAGUUAAUGGUAUUUGGUUUUACAAUUCUCGUGAAUGUGAAGAGGUUGCAAACCUUUUCAGCAGGAUUCUUAAUGCAUUCUCGAAAGUUCCUCCAAAGUCUAAAGUAUCUUCGACCAAGAGCAGUGAGUUUGAGGAAUUGGAAGCAGUCCCGUCUUUAGCUGUGAUGGAAGGCCCUCUAGAACCGUCAUCAUCAUCUGCUGCUACUGUUGCUGAUGUUCCUGAUGAUUCAUUUGUGAACUUCUUCAGUGCGGCCAUGAACAUGGGCAAUGCUUCAAAUACAGGACCUGCAGGGCCGCAACACCCAUCUCCUGCACCAUUAUCUUUAACGCCCCACGCGCCCAGUCCCAAUCCCUCCCCGUUGCCUGCCCUGCACGCACCGUCUCCUCCUUUGCCAACUUCAUCGACUCCUCUGUUACCCCGCCUGGACCCUCCAGAUUCUAUCGCCAGCAGCAACCGCCCCACCAACCUUGUAAAACCCUUCUCCUUUUUCGCGCCACCACCUUCCUCUUCUCCAUUGAUGAUGCCACCUACAUCUUCUUCCAUGCCCACAGCUCCCCCGCUUAAUCCUCCAGUGAAUCUGCAGAGCCCCUAUGGUACUCCAAUGCUUCAGCCCUUUCCACCACCGGCUCCACCUCCAUCUCUCACUCCGAAUCCGACUUAUGGGCCGGUGAUUACAAGAGACAAAGUCCGCGAUGCGCUUGUGAGGCUUGCACAGAACAAUCAUUUCAUAGACAUGGUGUACCGAGAAAUUCUGAAUGCGCACUAUUCAUGACCUUGCCGAGGAGUGUCAAGGGCUGCCGAGUUUUCCUUGAUGUAGUUUGAUGAAUUCAAAUGUUUAUAAGACCUGUUCAUGUAUAGCUUUUGCUGAGUCAUUGUCUUUUGAGGAUGGAGAAACUUCACUUGUAUACCUCGUUUUACUUCUUGUGAUUGCCAUUAUGGACAUCUCUUGUUUGGACCCCA